AGCAAAACCAGUGUACACAUCAUGCACAUAUUUAAUGGAUUUGUCAUAAGGCGCUAACAACAAAACGCAACGAUAAGAAUAGGAAACACAACCAUAAAAAUAAUUAUGGAGGAAUGUUUAUGAGCAUGGCACCUACAUCCCCAUUUAUCUUGUUUGAAGAAAAAUUGAUGGAAGUCAUAAAAAAAACACCAAAGACAUCACCCCUGGAGAUAUAUAUUUUAAAAAUAUAUCUGGAAAUGAAAACAGAAACUGACAUUGUUCAGGAAGUAGGAACCAAGUAUGACAGUCCCCCUCUAGAUGAGAAGGACAGUUGUGGACAGAAUUCAAGGAAAAGGAAAGAAAAGAAUAGACUUUACACCUGGAUAAAAAAUUUCAUAACAAGAAAGACGUGUGCACCUGUGGAAUCUUUUAAAGAAAAAUGGACCAGAUUUGCAGAUGCAAAUCCAUCUGUGGUGAUGCAGUACGUCAUAAGUAGGCCCAGGGUAAUAGAACAACUGCAAUGCAUUUUGGACUCUGAUUCAGAGAAAGAGUUAGAAAUAGACAGAGAAGAAGAUAGAAAUACUCAGAUGGAAGGUGUAGAGGCAGAAGAAGAUUUUGAGAGGGAACAGUUCAUCGAUUCAGAAGAGAAUAUUAUCAAUGAAGAAGAGGAUCUACCAACAAUGGAAACUCCAAUUUCCUAUCCAAAAAGGAAAAGAAUUCCUAGAAAAAUAUAUACUCCAAGCAGCAGUAAAGUAGCUGAAAAGCAAGAAAACAAGAAAAAAGUUGUAUCACUCAAAACUGGCAAGAGAAAAAGGAAGGCUCCUUCAACUUUCACACCAAGUGAUUGGUAAGUAUCAAAAAUGUUUGUCUUAGGUACAAAGAAUGUUGCAGAUGAGGCGAACUUUGUAAUCAUGGAUUACCCUAUGUUUUAGCAAGGCACAUUCACUGAUCAUACAAGGUUAGUGCCCUGAGGGGCAUUUCUAGAAUUAUACAGGCCCUGGAGAUAGUUUUUGAUUUGAAGGAGAAUUCAAUUUGUGUUUCUUUGGACAUCUAUAACAGCAUCCUGUUACAAUUAUAUCUUCUUAGGUUUUGCUCUUUUGAUAUAAAUUACAUGAGUUAAAAAGUAGUCUUAGAUUUAGAGUGCACUUAUUGGCAGUUAUAUGCAUGUAUUACUUUUGCUUAUAUAAAGAGGUUUAUAGCAUUGUAUAUGAAAAUCUCUGUUAAUAUCGACCUACAGGGGAUGCAUGAUGCCUUGAUUUAUAAAGGUGAAUCUAAAUUUAUAAAGGUUUGUUGUUAUCUUGAAUUGUGUCACAUUUUCUUGUUUAGGGGCUUUUUACAGCUUACUUUAUGUUGUGGAUUCUUGUCCAUUGUUGAAAGCCGUACGGUAACCUGUAGAUAAAUUUUUAUUUGUACUUGGAACCUUUCCAGAUGACUGUCUCAUUGACAAUCAUACCACAUCCUCUAUUCUUAUAACUAACUUGAUAAGAAAAUAUAAAGUGCAUCUUGAAAAAAAGCCAUGGGAUAAAUAUCAAAAAGGGAUGUAGCUAGUCUAUAUUGUUAUUGAUAUCCUUGUAUUAUACGCCUUAAAUCAUACUUUUCCUAUAGAAUAUUCAAAAUCUGCACUUCAAACUAAUGAAUUACACUAUACAAAGGAUGUAUACGACAAAAGUUUAAUCACAUUAUCAGCUGAAGUUCUGUUCACCCAUAAAACAUGGACAGUUGAAGAUUUGGAAAUUUUCUGAAAAUACUGUGUAAAAUUAAUAUAAUAGUUAAUACUUGUUUCAUAUGACAUUUUACUUGCUUGUUUGUUGUGUAUAAGGUAUUGUUUUUUAUUUCUUUGGUCAACUCACCUUUUUGUAUAUUAUUUUAUGUAUAUAAUUUUGUUUUGAGGACUCCCAAUAGAUUAGCUAAAUUGUAUGGGGUAAUCCUCAGUUGGUAGAGUAUUUUGUCUUGCUUCUACAGUUUUCAGGCAUCAAAUUUUUAUUGUAUUUAUGUUCAUAUAUAUAUGUAAAUACUUGCAUGUCCUAAUGCUUAACUGGCAGGUCGAAACUUUCCUGGUUCAGUUUAAAUUAAACU